AUGGCAUCCCGUAGCCGCCGUGCCGUAUUGUCACUAACGACACGCUUCUGCUUUCCUCAUCAAGGUAUGAAGACACUUGCAUACUUCAGCAGCGGCUCGGCUGUUUUGUUGCGCAACGCUUACAGUAAAAAUCAAGGCAUAGAUCUGGCCCUGCAAUUCGUGAGUGAGGACCACGUGCGUCAUUCUCUGCAGCUGCUUGCUGUCAAUGGGGAGAAGUCGACUGCCGAUAAGCGAGAGGUUCUGCUGAAACUGCCGUUAGCUUCUCCAGUGAAGACGCAUGAGAGUCGAGAUUUGGCCCUGCUGACCUGGCAGAUUCUAUUGCUGUCGAGAAUUGGCAAAUUGCCCGAGACAAGUUAG